GGCUGGGAAGAAGGAACCAGGAAGAGAAAUCAUGGUGGUGUAUAUAUAUACAUAUAUAUAAGGGUUUUUAACUCCAUACACUGAGAAGCCAUCGUUAGACACGUUUAAGGUUUGAUCUCAUUUCUGAGGAGAGAUCAGCAACAACCUCGAAGCUAGUUCACACUAGUGGGAGGUUGUCUGCAGAAAAAAGCAAACAAAAAAGGUUACCAAGUUGUUGAAAGAUAUCAAAAAAUAUAUAUCUAUUUCUAUGGCUCGUGGAAAGGUUCAGCUGAAGCGGAUUGAGAACCCUGUGCACAGGCAGGUUACCUUCUGUAAGCGCCGAGCUGGGCUUCUUAAGAAGGCUAAGGAGCUCUCUGUGCUAUGUGAUGCUGAUAUUGGCCUAUUCAUUUUCUCUGCCCAUGGAAAGCUUUAUGAACUAGCUACCAAAGGAACCAUGCAAGGGCUUAUUGAGAGGUACAUGGAGUCUAAUAGAGGGGCUCAACCUGAACCAGACAUUGAAACACAGCCUCUGGAUGCUAAAGAGGAAAUUAAGCAGCUGAAACAAGAGGUUGAAAUACUACAGAAAGGUCUCAGGUAUAUGUUUGGAGGUGGAGUUGGGACAAUGACCUUGGAUGAAUUAGAUGUCCUUGAAAAGCACCUCGAGAUUUGGAUUUGUAACAUACGGUCAACAAAGAUGAACAUUAUGUAUGAAGAAAUUCAACUCUUGAGAAAUAAGGAGGGAAUACUGAAAGCUGCGAAUAACUACCUACAAGAUAAGAUAGAAGAGAAUGGAAUGACUGACUUUGCACCAAAUACCACUAAUUUUGCGUACCCACUAACAAUACAGAAUGAAAUAUUUCAGUUAUAAGAUUGCUCUAUAGUAUACUGAUCAGUAAUCAUCGAGCAGUCUUCUUGUAUGUUUUUAAUUUAAGGUGUGUCGUUUAUCUACGAACUUCAUCAACGCUUGUAAUCAUAAGUACCUAGAUUCCUUGCAGUAUUGUACGUAUUAUGUCAAUGUAGAAUCUUUAUGUUCUCAGUGGACAGAAUUAUCUGGCAAUGGGUUGCCA